AUGUCCGACAUCACUUUGUACAGCUGGCCGACCCCAAACGGCAUCAAAGCCUCUAUUGCCCUCGAGGAGCUAGGUCUCCCGUACAAAACUGUGCCCAUGAACAUCGGUACAAACAUUCAGAAGGAGGACUGGUUCUUGAAGAUCAACCCCAAUGGGCGCAUCCCUGCAAUCACCGACGGGUCCCAGCGCGUAUUUGAGAGCGGCUCAAUUCUGCUCUAUCUAGCUGAUAAAUAUGACACCGACCGUAAAAUAAGCUACGCGCCUGGUACCCCUGAGUACAUUGAGCAGCUUUCCUGGAUCAUGUUCCAGACUGGUGGAAUUGGACCCAUGCAAGGCCAAGCUAACCAUUUCCGCCUAUUUGCCAAUACGCGUUCUGAUUAUGGUAUCAAGCGGUACAUAGACGAGACGAAGCGUCUGUUUUCUGUUCUUGAAAUUAGGCUGAAGGAGAGCCCGUGGCUUGCUGGUGAUAAGUACACAAUCGCAGAUAUUGCGAAUUACUCUUGGGUGCAAAUGGCUCCCGGUGCAUUGGAGAUCGACUUGGCGGAGUUCCCAGCUGUAAAGAAGUGGGUUGAGGAGAUUAAGAAGCGAGGGGCAGCGCAGAAGGGUGCGAACAUUCCUGAUAGUGGCCGGACGGAAGAGGCCAGACUCGAAGGGUUCAAAAAUGCUCGUGCUAAAAUUGAUGCUAUGAAAAACACCGAUCUGCACUGA